UGGGAGUUGUAGUUGAGCUGCGCCUAUAGCAUCAGUUUCCGGUUUACGUCUUUUGUUUAUCAAGCAAGCUAGUUGUCGGUGUGUCCAUACGAACAGGGAUACAAACCGGUCUCGGAGAAUCUAACAUUAAUCUGUCUAUUAAGGACGUGCAGUGAUGUACAUGUUCACCAGUGAUUCCCUUCAGUCCGCACUGCCGCUGCUGCAGUCCUGCGUUGAUGGACACGUUUCUUACACUAAACGUCUGCUGGAGACCGGAUUUGACCCAAACACACGUGACUGUCGCGGACGCUCAGGAAUGCACCUUGCUGCGGCACGUGGAAACGUGGAGAUCUGCCGCCUGCUACACAAGUUUGGAGCAGACCUGCUGGCCACUGACACGCAGGGGAACACGGCUCUACACGUGUGUGGACACGUGGACACCAUCCAGUUCCUCGUGUCCAAUGGACUCAAGAUCGACAUCUGUAAUCAUAAUGGAGCAACUCCUCUGGUCCUGGCUAAGAGGCGCGGUGUAAACAGAGAUGCUCUCCGGCUGCUGGAAGGACUGGAGGAGCAGGAGGUGAAGGGCUUCAACCGCAGCUCCCACUCCAGCCUGGAGAAGAUGCACAUAGCAGAUAAUGAGAGUGCCAUGGAGAGUCAUUCGCUCCUCAACCCUCAGCUCCACCGCAGCGACGGCAUGUUCUCUAGUUUUCGCACCACAUGGCAGGAGUUUGUGGAAGAUCUGGGCUUCUGGAGGGUUCUGUUUCUCCUGCUGUUCAUCGCCCUGCUCUCACUGGCUAUCGCUUACUACGUCAGUGGAGUCCUGCCUUUUAGUUCAAAUCAGCUGGAACUUGUGCGUUAGGAUUGUAAUCCUGAGCGAUAAUGAACUGACAGAGUUUUGGGAGUAAAGACAAGUACUCAGUUUAAGGAACCACAAUGUUUAUGCUUCUUAAACUCUUGUGAUUGUGUUGUACUGAAGUUUUGUUUUUGUGUAAAUAGUUUAAACAGAUUUUAUGCUCUUGUGCAUUUUUUGCACAAUGAUUUUUCCCCCCAAGUUAAUCCUGAUCAUUUAAAACACUUCACAUUGUGUACAAUUAUGACUAGAAUUGAUCGUUAACUCAAUGUUAAUGUACGUGUGAGUUAAUCAUCACACAGUUCUGGGUGUUAAUGUCAGAUUCUUCAGAUGAACCUUAACACCGUGUUUACAGUCGAUCUGAUGAGGAACAGAACUGAACCACAGACUUUCUGUAGCCUUUGAUUAUUUACAUGAAGUCCUUUACGUGUAGAAAGCUGAUGUUUGUGGUUUAGUGAAAAACACUACUGCUGUUUUAGGAAAUGGAAAAAAACGUGUCUACAUGUAAAGUGACUUUUUCCCUCUUGUACUCAUUAUUGUUGUUAUCAUUAUGUUGUGAGACAAAAUCUUGCAUUGCAGAGUUUUACAGACGCGACGCAGCUAUAACUAAAUCCUGGAGAUUAGAGAUUAAAGAUAUUUAAGCUUUCAGUCUGCAGCAUUAAUGAGAUUUUUUUUUCAUUACUGGAAAAAUACUAAUUCUGUAGUUUCCUUAAAAUGACCCAUUUAUGUAGAUGUUUAUGGCUGUAAUUGUGUAAUCUUAAAUAUAUGAUAAAGGCAGCGUGAACAUCAGGUGAGGUCGAGUGUGUCAGAGUGUGUCAGCGUGUCCACGUCCUCGUCUCGCUCUAGAGGGCAGGCUGUUAGUGAUCAUUACGUAAUGACAGAAACUGCAGAGCACUUAUGAUAAAGCUAUAAUUAUUUAAUAAUAAAGAUGAUGGUGAUACAG